CGACACGGGCCGGUUGAUUCCAGCAUCGCUGGGUGGGCCGGGCAAGAAUGGCUCGACGAGCAUCAGAGCCCAAGGGGACUGUAGAAAGCUACCCGGUCACCCACGCUGUUUCUGGAGCUAGAUCCUGGGCUGUGAGGCGUGGAUUCCCUUCGCCUUACGUGUGAAUUGUUUUAUCUUUUCUGGCCCGCGGAAGACCUCUCUGUAGCGACGCCGAUUCCAAUUGUGCCCGGCCCGUCAUCAUCUGCAAGGGAGCGCAGUGUAGUAGACAGUCGCGAGUGGGGUCGGAGGAGGUUUCUGUCUCGUUGUUGCAGCGAGAGUGAGCGUCUGUGUCCAUGUCUGGCCUUCUUUGUCGAGCAGAGCAGAGACGAAGGAGAGUUUCCGAGAAGCGAGAGAGACGAGGAGGAAAGAGGAGGAGGAGGAACUGACUGACAGACUUCCGGGGCCUUCUUUCUUUUGUUUUCUUUGUUUCUUUCUCUCAUUUCUCUCCACUGCCAGUUCUAGUAAUGCUGCUGGUGCUGCUGGUGGAGCUGCGCGAAAAAGCGUCGUGGAGGAAUCAGAUUGGUUCGGUUGGUUGUUCGGUUGACGAAGCGAGGUGCUAUCUCAGAUGCUGAAAAUGUCGUGGACUUGGUGGAGUAGUUGGUGCUCGAAGUGAGAGGGAGGGACCCAGAGAAGUGGGAAGAGAGAUCGGCAUUGACGCAGGAUAUGAUUGUUUUGUGGUCUGCCAACGGAGGAGGGACUAGUGGGAGUCUUCUGUUUUGUUGCUUUGUCUGUGUGUGUGGGCGAGGCGCGCAGAAGGCAAGAGAGACCGAGUUUGGUUCCGUGGGGCGAGCGACGAGGUGAGGAUGGCUGAAGGCGAGUCGUGCUGGGAGGAAGGGUAGAUGAGGUGAGGUGAGGUGAGGCGAAGUGAAGCCAGUGUGCUGAUUUCUAGUGCAUAGACACUGGGCGACGACCACUGAGUGCAAGAAGCGUUGGAGAAAGUAGGAAGUCGGUAAAGAACGAGAACAGAGGAGCUUGCGAGAGCGGAGCGCAUGAGAACUGAAACGAGGAGCUACUCUGGCCAGCAUGCCAACGAGGCAGCUUUUCCAAACUAUUCCACCACCGAAUUCAGCACCGGGGCUGUCGGUUUCUAAGUCGAAUAACAAGACAUUGAUACUGGGCUUGGCGAUCGGAGGCGGGGGAGGGGCUCUUAUUUUUCUCGUGGCAUUCUUCCUGGUUCUGUAUCGAAAGCUCAGAGGCAGCAAAACAAGUCCUUACGAAGCUAGCACUGUUAAAUUACAGAAGUUCGCAUACAGGGAGCUCAAACUUGCGACCGAGAACUUUAAUCCGACACAGAGACUUGGACAAGGCGGGUUCGGAGUUGUGUAUAAGGGUACCCUGAAAAAUGGCAAGGAUGUCGCGGUCAAGAAGCUCGACACUACGUCCCUGCAAGGGGAGAGGGAGUUUCAGAACGAGGUUUCGGUAAUUGGCAGGGUCAACUCUCCUCACAUUGUUAGCCUGUUGGGGUACUGCGUGGAUGGCAAGAAACGCUUGCUCGUUUACGAGUACAUGGAAAAUGGGAGUCUGCAGGAAGCUCUCUUUGAUGAGAUGUAUGCCGCCAGUCUGGACUGGAAUACGCGCUUCAAAAUCCUCCUCGAUACGGCCCGCGGCCUGGCCUUCCUGCACUACAAAUGCGACCCGCCCAUCAUUCACGGCGACGUGAAGCCGAGCAACAUACUCCUCGACAAGCAUUUCUGUGCUAGGAUUGCGGACUUCGGCCUCGCAAGGCUCAAGUCCGAGGAAACGGGGCCAGCUGUGCGCAGCGAGGAGGUGGAGAGAGAGCACAUGGAGCGCGAGAGGAUUAGGUACGAGCGCAUUGAACGAGAGCGAGCCCGCAGGGCACUCAGGAGACGGGAGGAAGCGGAGCGGAAGAAGGCCAUGGGCAUGGCAGCCAGCCCGGACGUCAAGUCUUCCGAUGCGAGCCCUGAUAAGAAAUCCGAUGCGAGUCCUGAGAAAAGGUGGGAGGGCACUCUGGAAAAGAGCCCGCUCGGUAGGAUGGACGAAAGCAGCAGCAUGGCAGCUUCCCCAAAGCAGAGCGAUUACUUGAAGGAGCUGACAAUUGCCGUGGAUAGCAGCCCAGCCCCGUCUGUGCAGGAGUCCAUCGUCCCGGACGAGCCAGCAGGAGCGGACAACUACGCAGCCCAGGGCUCCCCUCCGACAACAGUGGCCGACGAGGAAGUACAUCAGGCAGAGUUCUCCCGUUCGGUACAACAAUCCCCUUUGUCCAUGCAACCCUCCCCUUCGAUCGCGGAAUCCUCGCCCUCCGUACAGCACGAUAGUCCAAUUAGAGAAUUUUUGAGCCCGGCCAGCAACAAUGGGGAGAUCGGAGAGGUGGUGGUCGCUUCUUCCGAAGCUGGCAGUCCUGAAGAAGUGAAAAUAGACAUGAGCGCGACCUUUUCGCCCCCGGUCGAGACCGAUUGCAGCACCUCGUCCAAGCAGGUCGCCAAGGAGGACGAGGUCGUAUUCCACGUACCCGACGCCUCCGUCAAAGAGGAGACGGAGCCCGAAGGCUGGAGCACCAUCAGUCCGUCGGAAGGCUACCGGGACGACGUGAGUGUCGAGAGCGGGGGAAAAGAACUGCACUUGGGAACGAGCGGAAUUUACAAGGAGAGGCGAUUGUGGAGCCGGGAUUGGUGGUGGAGGCAGGACACGACCAGCGGCGAGCUCACCAUCAAGGAUUUCAUCAACUGGACCCCCAAGUCCGGUCCGUCCGAAAGCAAGAGGAAGUCUCCUGGGAGCAUCAGAGAUUGGGCUGGAUUCCAUGACAGUAGCGGUUCGGUAACCCCCGUUUCGGAAAGCCGACGAUUCGAGAACAAGAAGAAGCUCGAACUGAAGAGAAAUCAUUCCAGGAGCUCCAUUGGCUCCGAUGGUGGCUGGGGGGAGUUUAGCGGCGAGCUGACGGGUGGAAAGAAGAAGGAAGGGAAGCGGGAUAAGGACAAGUACACAAUGCGCGAGUGGUGGAAGGAGGACGGCGACGUCGGCAAGAGCAAGAGAGAAUUGGCCAAGAGCAAGAGCCGUGAUUCAUCUAAGCUCGGCAAGACGAAGAGCCGGGAGUGGUGGAGGGAGGAAUUUAGCGGCGAUCUAGGCAAGAACAAAGUGCCCAAAAGCGGUCCCCUGCUGUCUCUGAGCCGAGAAGGCAGCAGGCGAGAGAAGAACAAGAGCCGCGAGUGGUGGAGGGAAGAGAACAGCGGUGAGCUGAGCCGCACGAAUUCCAGCAGGCAUGUCAGGCACAGCGGGGAGCUGAAGAAGGAGCGAACGAGGGAGAAAUCGCGCAGUAGAGAUUGGUUCAGCGGAGACCUGCUGGGAAGAGCGGCUGUGAGCAGCACGCCCAGCAUGCGAGGAACGAUCUGCUACGUCGCUCCCGAGUAUGGAGGCGGCGGCAUUCUGUCGGAGAAGAGUGAUGUGUACAGUUUUGGCGUGCUGAUGUUGGUCAUCAUUUCAGGCAGAAGGCCUCUUCAAGUCAUGGCUUCCCCUAUUGUCGAGUUCGAACGGGCCAAUUUAAUCUCGUGGGCGAGGCACCUGGCGCAAUCCGGCAAUGUUCUGGAUUUGGUUGACGGCAUGCUUCAGGGCCAAUAUUCCAAGGAGCAGGCUGUGCUGUGCAUUACCGUCGCUCUUCUUUGCUUGCAGAGGCUGCCAGCCGUUCGACCCACGAUGGGGGAGGUGGUGAAAAUUCUUUUGGGAGAAUCUGAUCUGCCAUCGCUGCCUUUUGAGUUUUCCCCAUCUCCUCCCUACUUCCUGUCCCGCAGGAAACCGUCUGUAGAGCGAGUCGCCGCUGUAUCGACAGCGAGCGAGACACCGUUAUUAGCUUAGUGGAGAGUUCGAGAGAAGUAGCGAGAAACGAUAAUUGGGAUUUCGGGAAAUCAACCUGUGCCAACAAAGGUCUGCUAAUUAGAAACUCACCCAUGAUUGUAAAACAUACUUGUACAGGGGCCCCUGUUAUGUACAUGAAGGUCAGCUAUCUGGCACUAGCUACCUACUGCACGUCGCACAGGUCUGAGAACUUUUUGUACGAUUAGAACCCCAUUUACUCAGAUUUACAACCAGAUUUGUUCAUUUGAUUGAUAAGGAAUCAGCUCACUGGUUAAGUUUGACAAUACUAUCAUGCAAGCAAAGUCACUUCUCCCAGUGUACAUUGCGACCUUGUCUGUCUACUCGAGUGCAAUUGGUAAAUAUGUGGUGUUUUUCAUCAGUCAUGGUCACAAGUACAAUUCUCCAAUGCUGGCAUGGAGGUCUGAUGAUUGCCUCUCACCUAACCGUGGCAUGGUACUUGCCGGGGGGCCGUAGUAGGCUCAACGCCAAGGUUCUAUGAUCUGAUCUGCUUUGCAAGUCCGUAGUGCCGGGGACAGUUGCGCAGCCUCGAAGUACUAGUACGCACUAGAACGCUGUUGCUGUUGUAAUGUUCAUUACGGACUUCGUGUUGGAGAGUGGACGUUAUCCUAAUCUCGGUUCUGAGCUCGUGAAAGGGGGCACGGGAGCUCGGGGCCGGGGGUCGAGUUUAGGACCCAAAGAGCACUUUUCGACGAGUGUGCCGUGCCGCAAACCUUGCGCGGAGCGUGCGCACCUGCGCUCAGGCAUAUUUAGCCGCGAAAAUACGGGGAUUUCCCAUCUGAAACGCUGACGAGCCCUACUGUUGGGGGUGGACAGAUCGGGCUGUCUGGACCCUGGAGCGGUUAUUGAUGCCAAAACUCUUGGUUUACUUGCAACGGCUCUCAAGAGCGCCUCAUGCAUAGCUGCGCGAGGCGUAUCUGGAGUGGCAAAUCUCCGAUUGCAUAAGUGGGCUUUGCUUGGACUACAGCACUCGAGUCAAAGGUGUCAGACACCGGGGAGCGAAGUAUGCGCUCAACUGUUUCCAUUCGCCGGUCAGAUGGGCCUUAAAUUAUGGAACGCUUAGCGGGUGCAAGCGCACACUCGCAACAAACGGACACGCUUUGGAUACCUUCUGCUUUCUCGUCGAGUCAUAAAUGCGGUCAGUGCUUGCAUGCACAUACACAAGAUCCUGUACUGUUCGCAUACAAACCAGGUAGGCCGACAGAUGUAGGAGGAAGGCCUGGCCUGGCCCUGCGUCGUGUGCUGGUGACUCAGGAUUGCCUCGACUCUGCGCUCAUGUCGAGCCGACCCUUGCCGUGUGUGGGGCAGGUAGCUGAUUCCAACGUAUUGUGUUCAAUCCACUGAUCAAGAAGCCUCCGAGCCCGUGCCCCGCCUCUUCUCCUCUUCUCCUCCUGUUUAAGCUUACGUUGUGCUGCUCGGUUUCUGGCACCGUAGAGAACAUCGUAAUAAGUGGCAUGGAGAAGUAAGCCUCCUCUUGUCUUAUCUUGAGAUUCGAUUCGCCUCCGCUUCUCCAGCACAGCUCCUAGUCCGCCCGCCCACCGGCCCGCCUGGCUCUGCUGUUGGGAGGGGAAGCCGUGCGGGGACAGGAGCAGUAAACGACGCGGCUCGCGGCAACGAAACGAAUCCAUCGGCCUCUCGCUCUCGCUCUCCACCUCUAAUCAUUCUGUAUUUCAUUCACUCUGGGCGCAACGCUAAGCGCUGUUGUUGCUGCUGAUUUGCCUCUCUGUCUGGCCGUCGUCGUAGGUAAGUACCUGACGUAGGCAAGAAAUUCCCAUGAUUAACUUGUAACCAGUGCGGGGUCGAGUCGCGUGGCUUUCAUGGCGCGCGGGCUCCGUAGUUAGGCAGUACUGUUGUAUGAUCCUCCAUCGUAUCAGUGGCAGCUGCUCGAGUGCGUGACUGGGCACAGACAGACAGGAGAGAAGUCAAGAAGUCCGAUUCUCUUUACCCCCGAUUCUCAAUUACGUCUCCAUGAUUCAAGCUAAUUUAUUCGCCGUGAGUGUCGCUCGCAUCCAUAACUGUUGCAAUGAGCUUCGGCUUCGUGUUCCUUCCCUUCGAUCCUCGUCUGAAUCUGAAUCUUGAGGAGAGCGAAGGCGAAACUCUGGCAUAUCGUCGUCCUCGACGGUCCUAUAUCCGCGGCACUUUCGUGGAAGGGACGACGUGGAGACUUUC